AUGAAGUCAAUUAUUGCUGCAUUUGCCAUGAUUGGCCUUGCGUCCGCCCAUAAUAGGGUCACCCAUUUCCAUAUCAACGGUGUUCCCAACAGCGACUGUGUUCGUCAAGGAACUACAGUCAACCCUAUCACCGACGUGGGCAGCAGCGACAUGGCUUGCAACACUGUCCAGGGCAACGGAAAGACUAAAUGUGUAGUUAAGGGUGAGUCCAAAUCGUCUCCGAUAGUGGUCGAGGGUGAGGAACUGACGGGUUGCUGCAGGCGGUGAUUCAAUUGCUUUCGAGUGGCGUAGCGAUCCUGGGAUCCCGCCGGCCGAAUAUCCUCUCAAGGGGGGCACUAUUCCUGUUGGUGUAACGGACGACUCGCACAAGGGCCCGUGUACAAUCUACAUGAAGAAAGUCGAUGACGCUCUCACUGCCUCUGCGCCUGGUGAUGGAUGGUUCAAAGUCACUGAAGACGGUCUCGACUCGGCCGGUACCUUCUGCACUGACAGACUGCGAAAGGCAAACGCCCCUCAACCCGGAGUUGUCCCGAAGAACAUCCCACCCGGAGAUUACCUUUACAGGGCCGAGAUUCUGACCCUGAACAAUGCUGGGCCGGCAAACAUGGGGGGGGCGGAGGAGCAGCAGUUUUAUGUUAGGUAGGCUUCCCACUUCUGAUCUCGUGACCAUAGCUAAGGCUAAUCGCCUUGAAUUAGUUGUGUGCAAGUCACUGUCGAGGGAACAUCUGGGAACCCCGACGUGGAGAAAGUCAGCAUUCCCGGGUACCUUACGAAGUCCAGCCCUGGCAUGGUCUUCGACAUCUGGAACUCCGAGACCUAUAGCAACUACCCUAUCCCGGGCCCCAAGCCUCUUACCGAUAACGCCGGCAGCUCACCAGGCCCGGCCGUAUCUUCGCCCGCCACGCCUGUCAAGUCCACCACCGCCUCGGCUCAGCCAACUGGGAAUGGAGGCGACGGAGAGCCUGUGCCUACUCCCACCCCUACUACCAAGCCGAGCGUCACAGCUAUUCCCACAGGGGCCAAUCAGCCAACAACAUUCUCCACCUUGACGACUACUGCAAGCCAAGGAACCGGGGAACCCCCACUCGAAUCUGCUGCCCCUUCGUCUGCGUCAUGCUCUGGGAGGAGACACGAGUGCAGGGGCGGGUCUAGGUGGAGUAAAUCGAGUAAGUGGGAUUAGGAUUGGGGGAGCAACACCGAAGCUCUAUGCACCCAGGCAGUCCAUCUUGCGCAGACAUGAUUAUCCCAAUGAAUUUUUUUUAGAGAGGAGGAGUGAGAGGGAGUCCGGGAAAGGGCAUUAUUCGAUUCAAUUGUAUUUAUUAUUUUGUAGGUGGACUCUAGUCAGUCUGUCAUUUUGGCAACCUUGUCAGCAUAGCCCGAGCAAAGAAUAUACCGGUAUCCUCGGCCUCAUAAUAGGCAACUAUUUAUUUAUCCGAUACAAUUGAGCUUCUUUCUUGAGUGAUGCAUAUAAAAGAGAGAAAAGGGGGGAAAGAUUGAAAGUCCAUUUUGUGAUUUGCAAUACCAAACCGAGCUCGAAUACCGCAAAGUGUGGAACAUUCGAGAGGAGAAAGUGCAGUUCGGGCCUCAGGGGUUGUGAGAACUGGGCUGUUACACGGUAAUAAACGCCGAUAUCAUUUUCAAUCACAAUACCGUGUCAUACCCGGCCGGCAUGGCGCGAAUAACGAAGCGUGCUGAGCUCGAUCUUUGCACAGCAGUGCGGGAAACGGUGUUUAAGGG